CACACGCGCAAGCUCCAUCCCGUGUUGUGGCUAUCGUGGUUGUCAGCGCACACUCAAGUCCUUCCUCCCCUUCUUCGCUUCUUGCUUCUUGCUUGUUGUUGCUGCGUAGGUGAGCGGAAAAAAAAAAAGCAGCAGUGUGUGACGACAAAGAGGAGGACAGGAACAGUGACACACCUCCACCUCGCAGAUCACAACCUUGACUAGGAUACAGUUUGCCUCUUCCCAUGAGCACGCUUACCGCGUCACUCGUCCGCUGUGUGGGAUGUUGCUGCGUGUGCUGCGGCCUGUGACGUACCUUGGGUCGUCCCUGUUUGCCCUCGCCAUCCUGGUCAAGAACGACCAAGCGCGCAAAGCGUCCAAACCAUUCCAACUGUCGCAGGUGGUCGUACCCCCGAAAGAUGUGGCGCAUGUGCGGGAAGCAGCAGCCCGGCUGGGCAUUCCACACACCCAGAACAUCUUUGUCGUCUGCAGCCGCUCCCUCUCUGGUAUGCGAUGUGAUGAGAUGGCUGCGGACGUGGGGGCGGCGCGUGUGGGCCGGGAUGUGUGCGAGGGCGGGCUUGAGUCGCUGCAGGCGCAUGAGGACGCUGUAAUUGCGGUGACAGGGAACCCGCCGCUGUGGCCGUCGCCGACACACCCGCCGCUCAGGUGGCGACAGGCUGCGCUGCGCCGCAUAUUGAAGGAGUACGACGCAUAA